UACACAAUCGUUUCUGGAUUGGGCGCUGGUGCUUUUGGAAAGGUUUUUUGCGCUACCAAAAAUGGAAAUAAGUAUGCCAUCAAAAAGGUUGCUAUUGGACAACCCGAGAACUUCGAUAAGAUCAUGAAAGAGGUUAAUACUCACAAAAAACUGUCGCACGAUAAUGUCAUAAAGUACUACGACGACUUCAACUUUUAUAAUGCUGUUUGGAUAGUGAUGGAAUAUUGUAAUGGAGGUGAUUUAAAUUUAUUUAUGUUAAAUUCUUCUUCUAGUUAUGGUAUUCUUUUCAACUUUAUCCAACAAAUAUGUCGUGGUGUGGAUUAUCUACACUCUCAACAAGUUAUUCAUCGCGAUAUCAAACCAGAUAACAUAAUGAUUUGCAAUGGACCAUGUGGAUGGACUUUGAAACUUGCUGAUUUCGGACUGGCCAGAGUGUGGGGAAAUUUCAGCAACCAAUCACCAUUUUAUGGGUUUAAUUAUGAUCCAAGAAGACCAUUUUACUAUUCAGCACCAGAAUUAGCGAAUGGUAACGUCACUUUUAAGAGCGAUAUAUUUAGCCUAGGUUGUGUUAUUCUUGCAAUAUUCUCAAGAACAUGUGUAUCAUGGAUUGGUGGUAAAAAGCUAUUAGCUCCAUACAUCACAAUCCAAAAUGCUUUUGGGGUUCAAGUCAUACAGAUAGCACAUGCAACUGAAAGCCAUAUAUAUAUAUGUAUGUAA